AUGGACCCUACUCAGAGACUCAGGGAUUCUCUGGGUCUUCUUGAAGCGAUCAAGAGACGUAUCACUGGUGUUCCCGAACCAGUUGAGUCUCCAAAUCCCAUUGUGGAAUCGGUUGAUCCCAAAGUUGUUGAUGAUGCUCCCACUCAAGUAGUGGCCCCAGAAGAGCCUAUCCAUACCCAAGUUAACCUGCUGGAUGAACCCGAACACAAUGAGGAAAGCGAGGACGAGUUCAGCUUUUCCACCUCGAUGCUUGCGGUGAAUAAUGAUGAGACUCAAAAGCUCCCUCAGUUGCCCAUUAAUCACGCCGAGCUUGCCCCGCCACAAAAACCGCAGGCGACUCCAAUCGACGUCACACAACCAGUGAAUUCUACCGCUGAUGUCACUCAAAACGUAAGCCCUACAAUUGACGACUCAACUACCCAAGUUAUCGCUCCUCUCGCGGAAACUCAGGUAGUUGCAGAUGACGCGUCCAGCGACGAGAUCCCCGUUGAACUCACUGCUGAAGAACGUCAAGCUCGCAUCUUGGAGCUUGCUGCUAAACGUAGAGCUUCCCGGGAGCGGAUGCUUCAAGAGAUCCAACUGGAAAACGCCAAUGCCCAACCCAGUGAUGAUGACGACGACGAUGACGACCUUGAAAUCGAGCUGGCCUCAAAGGUGAUCACGCAGGCGCGUACCUCUACCAAACAACUCGAGGAAGCUGAAAAGUUCCUCGGUAUCCGCAAGCGUGCCCGAGAUAUCCGCCCUGACUUUGCUCCCGUGGCUAACCAAGCUAAACAAUCAUUGAUGGCAGGUUUCGAUGACAGUGACAAUGAUGAUGAUAAUAUGAUGCAAAGCCAAAGCCGUCAAUUGGAACUGACCCCUAACACCUCACCCCAACAACCUGAACAAUCCAAGCUUGCCCUGUCACCUCGCGAAGUGGGGUCCGACCCUAUCACUCGGUACUUGGAUCUGGUACGUGCAUUCUCUUCCGCUGAACCUCCUAGUGAGCUUGAAUUGGAUGAUAGCGAGUCAGACAGCAUACCGUCCCUUAGAAAGGAUCAAGAGCUUGAAAUCAAAUCGAAAUUUCUGAGGCGGAUUGUAGGCGAAGAUUCUAAGGGCAACAAAAUCCCCGUGAGUGUGAGACGUCUUGUACCUACUGACCGCAAACAAAACAUAAACAAAGUCAUUCUUGAUUUGCGGAAAACUACUGUCAAUCAAAUCGAAGAGCAGCGCAAGGCCGAUCCAAACUACGAAAUCCUCGAGGAGAUUGAGAGGGAUGAGGCGAUGAUGGGCAGUUUAUUGGAGCAAGAAAUUGAGCGGAAUCAAGCCAUCAGACGUAAAGAGCGGGCGAGGGCAAGACGGAGACAGCGUGCUGCCAACAACGACAAUGAUGAAGAGGAGGCUGCUGUCAGUGACGUUUCUGUUGCUGAUUCGAUUUAUAGCAGUGACAACAUCGAGGAAAGCGAAGGCGAAGCCGUUGACCAUAGCAGUGAUGACGAAAGUGAGGAUGACCAACUUCAGAUUGGCAGCCUGCAGUCACGCAAGGACGAUGCAUUUAUGUUUGAAACAAACUCCGCCAAUGACACCGACUCGGGUCUGAAAGGCAUUGUCCCUAAGGGUCAAACCAAGCCCUUGAUGGCGGACCACGACCACAAAACUUCCGAAGAUGAUGAUCUGAUCCUGAGUGCUCAUGACAGAUCGGCAGAAUUAGACGCCCCUGCUGAUGCGAACACCUCCAUCCUUACCUUCAGUGACCUCAACACGCUGGAAAUCGGGAUUGAGCCGACUCAAGUUGACCCUACCCAAAUGGAUGUCGAUCUGGAGGAUGAAGAGGUGAUCAAUCCAGCAUUGCUUAAGCGUGGUCGCAGAAAGAUUGCUGCUGCUGUGGCUGCGGUUGGUGCUCCUGUGGAAACUAUUGAGGAGGAAGACGAUGAGAUCGAUGAGGCUUCCAGACAAGAAAUGUUGAAGCAACAGGCUGAAGCUUAUAAGAAAAAGAUUCGCAAACAGGAAUUGAAAGAGCGUAAGCGACGCAAAGCACUUGAACGCAAUGCCGGAGUCAAAGAGAUUUUGAACAACGAAGCCGUUGAAUCCGAAGACGAAUGGCAAGGUAUUGGUGGUGCUGACGGAGACUUGCUGGACGAUGUGAACUCAGAAGAUGAGAGAAUGAUUGAUGACGCCCUUGAUCUUGAUCUCAAUGACGAGGAGAUCCGCAAAAAGUUCAUGGAGCAGUACAAGAUAAAGGACAAAGAGCAAUUGGAACGUUUGCUUGAUGACAUUAAGAACCAUCGUCUCUCAAAGCGCGCGGCUGCUCGAGGGCUCGACUUGGAGUUCAGUGACGAGGAAGACGAGAUCUUGAUGGCAUACCGUCGUCAGAAGCGGGCGGAGCAAAUUGCCCGUAUGGCUGCUAAUCGUGACCAAUUGAAGAAGUUGGCCAGCGACAAGCAACACGCGUUCUUCACCACAAUUGAGGAACCUCAAAGUGUCAUCACUAUCGACUCAGAUGAAAACUCGCUGACCCCGCUGGACGACGAUGACGGGUCUCAACUCAAACGUAAGAUGAUCAUCAAGGAAGACUUUGUUCAAAAGCAGUUGUCGUUCUUGAGCGCUAAACGUGACGACUACACUCAACUUAACGCUCUCGCUAAAUUACAGCACGGGUUCAUUGAUGAUGACGGAGCGAUUGAGGAUAUUUCUGUUCUCAAAUCAAAGUGUAUGAGUCACUUGGCGUCGCAACUGCGCAAGCGCAGUAUCGCUGAAGUUGAAGAAGGUGGUGACACUGACGCUGAUGACGACGAUGAUGAUCAGUUUGUCCAACUUAAGCGUCCUCUGAUGGUGCAACUGUUCCGCAAGACUAGUCCUGAUCAAGUGAUCAUCAAUGAGGGGAGACCGACUUUCCUGGGAGUCACCGUCAAUAAGCAAUUCAAGGCCGCUGCUGGGUCCAAGGCUUCUAUCUCAUACAUGUCCAAGCAACAAGCUCUGGCCAAGGUGUCGUUGAAGCUGGCCAAACAGGAAAUGAUAGAACGGUCUGUGUUGAAGCUGAAACAAAACAGAAGCAAUUUGUUCACUAGUCUGGGUUUCGAUUAA